GACAUGAACCCCAAAUCCCACCGAAAUACAAAUACACUCGCUUUUUAUAUGGCUUGUUCACUAUACAAAUUUUAGUAAAUUGCACAUCACAUCGCCGGACAUAAUUAUGUUAAUAGGUUAUCAUCACUACUCACUGUAAUAUAAUUCAAUUUGUAAAUUUCAAGUGUCCAGGACAUCACAUUAAAAUGGGGCUGCCCUGGUUAAAAGGGGAAGUGUGGAAAAGUUGGGAUAAAACUGGAAAAAGCAAGUUCAUUACUGAAGUUACCAAAUAUAUAAAUGAUUUAUCAAAUCUCGACACGAAAGUCGAUUCCGGAUCGGCUAAUUGUGAAAGUUUGUCUUAUGGUCUUUCCGACAAAGGAGAACAGUUUAAGCACGCGAUCUACCUCUUGAUUAAAAAAGGAUGUUCAGGGUAUCUGAAAAAGGAAAAGAUUUCUGGUGUACUGACAGAAUUGGUGGCUUCUCAUCCACAAUGUGCUCCGUUAAUUGUUGAAAGUUUUGUUCUCAUGGACGAAAUGACUACAAUUCGAGCCGAGUUAAGAGAAAAAUUUGUAGCGAUUGUGAAAAGUGUGGAUGGUAUUUUAAAUGUGAUGUUUGUGGAGAGACUCAAUUCCGAUAAUUUGGGAGAAUUGGGUGCUGUGCCCAAUAAGAAAUUGUUCAAUACCAAAUUCAUCCGUUUGAAGACGAAACUUUAUUUUAAACAACAAAAAUACAAUUUAUUUCGAGAGGAAAGUGAAGGUUACGCCAAACUCAUAGCGGAACUUUGUCCUCCUUUUAAAUACAAAUCUCCUGAAGCGACUACUCAAGUUAUACAAUGCCUUAUUGGUCGGUUCAAUCUGGACCCAAAUCGAAUUUUAGAUAUUGUACUAGAAGCAUUUGAAUGCAAUCAAGAGUGCUAUUUUUUCGUUCCCCUACUUCAAAAUUUGAACCCGUCAUCUACUACGAUGUGUGAAAUUCUUGGAUUCAAACUCCAAAACCUGGAUGCAUCUGGAGAUUCUUUAUUUAUACAAAUUGCACUUUUAAUACAACAUGAAAUUAUCACUUUGGAUGAGAUAUAUCCUUGGUUGACCCCAGAUGACCGGUCCAUUAAAAAAGAUUGGGACCAUCAAUUAAAGGAUGCCAAAGAGUAUGCUCGAAAGUCAAUGAUUGUGACCAUUAACAAAGAGAAACCGACGGAAGAAUCGGAAGAAGAUUCUCCGGAUGAUAGAUUUUCAGAUAAUCAAAAACUUUGUUUAUGUGAGGCAUUAUUUAGUGUGGGAGAUUGGAAUCAUGCCUUAGAACUUGUUAACAAGUAUCCGCAAUAUUCCUGUGUCAGUCGGAAAAGAAUUGCAUUGAAACUGAUCAAAUUGAUUGAAUAUCUUAUUCACCCACUAUACACCUCGACAAGGGAGCUAUCUAAAAAUUUGGGUCCUAGUGAUGUGCCAACCCUGGUCAAUGAGGAAAAGGCCCCGGAGAAAGCCAAGACGUACGGUGGAUUACGCCGUAUUAUCGAUAUUAUAUUGGCAAUUGGUCCUUAUAUACAUCACGAACCCAAAGUUCUGUAUAAACUGCUGAGAAUUAUAAGCUAUUAUUUACAGAAGAGUCCCCAACCAAGAAAACAUACAUUGUAUUUCAAGUUUUUGACAGUUUUUGAUGAAGUCAUAUUACCUGCAAUAUCAUUCUUGGAUGCGAAUUGUGCAGUAACUGAAGAAGUAUGGGCAGCGAUUCAGUAUUAUCCAUAUCACCACAGAUUUCGUUUAUACGGGUCAUGGAAAGGGGAAUCUAUGUUACUAACUCAUCCUUCCUUGCUGCGAAAACGUGUGGACUUGGUUAAGAAACUGAAACAUUUGAUGCGAAGAAUUUCAAAAGAAAAUGUUAAGCCAAUGGGACGUCAGUUGGGGAAGCUAGCUCAUUCAAUGCCUGCUGUGGUUUUCGAUUACAUUUUAUCUCAAAUUCAACUAUUUGACAAUUUGAUUUCUCCUGUCAUUGACGCGCUGCGGUUUUUGACAACUUUGUGCUAUGAUGUGAUGGGGUACUGUCUUUUGGAAGCGCUGUCACCCAGCACUAACAAUACUUCAGGUUCCAUGUCUGUUAUGUUGAUGCCAAACCGUCCUAGAACAAAGCACGACAAUUCAACCAUAGCUUCAUGGCUCCAAAAUUUAUCCUCAUUCACUGGAGCAAUGUGUAAAAAAUACAACAUUGAGCUUGUCCCUAUUCUCCAAUACGUUUCGAAUCAACUGAAAUCAAAGCAAGGGUUGGACCUCCUCCUAUUGAAAGAGAUUGUUCAAAAAAUGACGGGAGUUGAAGCCGCCGAGGAAAUGACUACUGAGCAAUUAGAUGCAAUGGCUGGAGGAGAAUUACUUCGUAGUGAGGCUGGCUAUUUUGGACAAGUACGUUCUUCAAGAAAAUCGGGAGCACGACUGCGAGAAGCCGUGUCAGUCAACGAUUUGGCUGUGACAUUGUGUAUUCUUAUGGCUCAACAAAGAAACUGCAUCGUUUACGAAGAUACUCAAGGGUUGCACACCAAAUUGAUUGGAAAGUUGUAUGACCAGUGCCAGGACACUUUGGUGCAGUUUGGCACGUUUCUUGCAAAUUCAUGCACAAUGGACGAUUACUCAAGAAAAAUUCCAACGCUUGAUCGAUUAGUCAAAGAAUAUCACGUGUCUCCCGAUGUUGCUUUCUUCUUGUGGAGACCAAUCUUUUCAUUUUUAAUUGGGGCAAAAUAUGACGAGCUUAGAAGAUCAGAGAAGAAUCACAAGGCAAUGACGGUUGUUCAAAGACAAGAAAAGUACACGGAUGCAUCCAAUGUGAUAUUCACUCCAAUUUCUGAAGUAAUGCGAAACUUUUUGGCUCCGAAAAUAUGGGAAGAUAUAUCUCCCCAAUUUUACGUCACGUUUUGGUCACUCUCCCUCUACGAUCUUUUCGUACCCACUGAUGUUUACAACCGGGAAAUAAGCCGAAUUAAACAAGCGUCCAUUGGCUUUGGUGAUAAUAAGGACCUCCCUUCAAGCAAAAGAAAAAAGGAACAAGAGCGAUGUUCAGUCAUGAUUGAAAAACUUCAGGACGAAGAACGUCGACAAAGGGAACACGUGGAUCGUGUUAUGUCGAAAUUAAAUAAGGAAAAGGAGUAUUGGUUCGCUUCUCGAAUUGCGAAAUCAGCCAAGAAUGAAGCCGUCACGGCAUUCCUUCAACACUGCUUGUUUCCCCGUUGCAUAUUUACUGCACCAGAUGCGAUUUAUUGUGCCCAUUUCGUAAACAUUAUCCAUUCAUUAUCAACUCCCAACUUUUCUACUUUGAUAUGCUAUGAUCGUAUAUUUUGUGACAUCAUUUACACUGUAACAUCGUGUACGGAGAACGAAGCGAAUCGUUAUGGUAGAUUUCUCUGCGCACUUCUAGGCACAGUAAUGAAGUGGCACGGAGAUAAAGCCGUAUUCGACAAGGAAUGUGCCAGUUUUCCUGGCUUUGUGACAAAAUUCCGAGCUGCAAAUACUAUGAUGACCGAAAGUAGUGAUCAUGUUGACUAUGAAAACUUCAGGCAUGUCUGUCACAAGUGGCACUACAAAAUUACAAAGUGCAUCAUUGUAUGUCUCGAGUCCAAAGACUUUAUUCAAAUCCGAAAUGGACUGAUCGUCUUAAAGCGAAUCCUUCCUUAUUAUCCGAAAGUUCUCAAUUUAGCAACGGCUGUAGAGCGUUGGAUCGAGAGGGUGCGCGCUGAGGAAAAGGACAAACGUCAGGAUAUUUUUGCAUUAGCCACAAGUUACAUUGGUCAAUUGAAAGCAAAGUGGAGUACCUUGAUUUCCGAAGAAGAUUUUCAUCAAAAACCUGUGGAUAAAACGGCAGAGAAGCAAGGAAAGACUAAGCAACCCUUGAAAGAAGAUAAGGGAGGUGUGGUGAAGGAGAAGAAGAAGUUGGUUGCUGGUCGAUCAGACGGAGCACUGUCGCUAUGCUCCAGCCCUGUUGGUUCUAUUGGUUCGAAUCACACUAACACACCACCACCCAGGAUAUCGAAUGGAACGAUUUCAGCAACAAACAGUCCCAACAUGCCAUUGAUGAAUCUUAAAAAAGAAUCAGCACCAACAUCUCCCCUGGUCACUUCUGCUCUUCCUAAAAAAGAUGCUCCAGUUAAAAAAGAUACAAACACUCAGAAGAAAGAGACGAGUUCCCAAAAGAAAGAUACUGUUUCUGUAAAGAAAGAGCCUCAAUCGCCUGCUCACACAUCAAAAAAAGAGUCGUCGAAUCCUCCCUCCUCUGGUAGUCAAUCGAAACAAGACGCUAUUUCCAAAGUGAUUCUUAAAUCACGAGAUUCUGACCGUGAAUCCAGUGAAGAAAAACCCAAGGAAAAGGGGAAACGUGUUAAAUCCCGAGAUGCGCCGUCAGAAUCCGUAUCCACAAAUGGGGGCAAUAACAACACUUCUAUAUCUGUUUUAAGUGCCAAUUCAUCCAUCUCCUUGACACCAAUUUCCUCCCCAGCUGGCAGUGAUGACAGGGAUAAGAAAAGGAAAGAUAAAAAAACAGAUAGAAAAAGAGAUCGAGAUGCAUCAGUCCACGUAGAUUCUAAGCGAAAGCGAACCGACGAUAGCUACAAAGCAGUCCCAAAUAUGCAGAAGCUAAGCCGAACUAUAAUCAUGUCCAACGGGGAGACUCAUGAAAAAGAUAGAAGUACAUCAAAAGAGGAAAGGUCUCCACGCCAAUCCAGUCGUGACCGAAAUCGUCCCACUGUGGAUUCUCCAUCAUCCGUUUCAUCCCUCGAUCGAUCGAAAGGAAAGCAUUCUUCAAGAUACAAGUGAUGAAGGUGAUUUCAACAACAGCAGCAGAUGCACCCAAAUAUAUUAUAAUAGUAAUGAAAUCAUCAAAUGACCAGUUUUUAUUAUUUCCAGUUGUUUGAUCUCUUUUUACAAUUACAUACUUACUAGUAGUAAUUUGUUUUUAUUAAUAGUACACAGUUUUUGUUUAUGGAAAUACAUCACUAGAUGCACAUAUUAUGUAACAUAAACAUUAAUUAGUUAGUAUGUGUAUGUAUGUAACUUGUGAAAUUCGUACAAACAAUUUCAAGGGCUAAAAAAGAACCUGAUUUCAAUCCAAACCUACGAAAUAAAUAAUCCUAAAAUCUACGGAAA